AUGGAAGCCGGGAAGAGAGGGGGUGCGCCGCGGUCGUCUCUGGCUUUUGCCCUCGCAGGCCUGGGGGUGGCAGACGCGGCCCCGGACACUUUGGCCGGCACGAGGAGGCAAAGAACGCUGACCCCGAGGGAGGUGUCGGGCACCUGGGGACGCGCCCCACCACGGCUGGGAAGCGCUGGAGCUGACCCUGCCUGCGAGCCCCGGGAUGCCUCGGAGCCCCCAGGUCCCGGGAAGCGCAGGAAAGGCGCCCGGAGAGCAGCCAGGGGCUCGGCAGCCCGGGGUCCUUCCUCGAGGACCCGCUGGAGGAGCAGGCCUGCGCGCCCGUCCUCGGCGUCCGGUCACCAAGAUCCCACCCCGCCCCACCCCCCCGGCCGCGCCAUGGCCCUGAAGGCUGAGGGCGCCGCGCUCGACUGCUUCGAGGUGACGCUCAAAUGCGAGGAAGGGGAGGAUGACGAAGAGGCCAUGGUGGUGGCCGUAAUUCCGCGGCCCGAGCCGAUGCUCAGAGUGGCCCAGCAGGAAAAGACCCCACCGCCCAGGCCCAGCCUGCUGGAGGCGGGCAGUGAUGGCUCUGAGGAGCCCAAGCAGCAGGUGUCUUGGGAGCAGGAGUUUCUGGUGGGGAACAGCCCGGGAGGCAGUGGGCGGGCGCUGUGCAUGGUGUGUGGGGCCGAGAUCCAGGCCCCCUCGGCAGACACGGCACGCGCCCACAUCCUGGAGCAGCAUCCUCACACCCUGGACUUGAGCCCUUCUGAGAAGAGCAACAUCCUGGAGGCCUGGAGCGAGGGGGCGGCCCUUGUGCAAGACUUCCGAGCGGAGCAGACGUCCCCACACCACUCAGGUAGUGGGGGCAGAGACUCAGGCCAGGACUCCGACCCGGACCCUGCCAGAAUGCCAGCAGAGAUCGUCGUUCUCCUCGACUCCGAGGACAACCCAUCCCUCCCCAGGAGGACCCGGCCCAGGGGACUUCGCCCUCUGGAACUUCCCGUGACCCCUGUCCCAGAGCCAGUAAUCAAGAAGCCCCGUGGUCAGAGAUGCAAGGAGCCCUCUGGGGAAGAGCCGGUCAGGAAGAAAAGAGGCAGGCCUAUGACCAAAACCCUGGACCUAGACCCAGACCCUGACCCAGACCCCCCCUCACCAGACUCGCCCACGGAGACCUUCGCUGCUCCUGCCGAGGUCCGGCACUUCACGGACGGCAGCUUCCCGGCCGGCUUCGCCCUCCAGCUCUUCUCCCACACCCAGCUCAGGGCCUCAGACCGCAGAGACUUGCCCAAAGAGGGGAGAGGGGCCGAAGGAGGCCUCCUCCAGCCAGAAAGCCCCUCCCCAGCUCCCCCUCCGGGGCUUCGCGGGACACUGGAUCUCCAGGUCAUCCGCGUGCGACUGGAGGAGCCCCCAGCAGUCAGCCUUCUGCAAGACUGGUCCAAGCACCCCCAGGGGGCCAAGGGAGUGGGAGCAGGUGACGCCCCAGACUGGCCCGCGGUGCUGUCGGAAUCCAGCAGCACUGUGGGGGCGCAGCCAGAGGCGGGGAGUGGCCUGUAG